UGAAAAAAUGGCGGAUAAAUCAACGAAACUUACGCUCUUGCCUGUAGCAAGAAUACGAACUAUCAUGAAAAGUUCACCAGAUGUGACAGUUAUUGGACAGGAGUCAUUAUUUAUGAUAACCAAGGCAACGGAGUUGUUUGUGGAACACAUUGCCCAGCAGUCAUACCAACGGAGUCAAAAUAAGACAAGUGUAGUGUACGGCAACCUAGCCCAGACUGUCGAAGAAGAUAUCGCAUUCCAAUUCCUUGCAGAUGUUCUGCCCCAGAAGGUUCUUGCAAGAGACUACCUCAAGUCAUUAGAGAAUAACGACAGCAGAUAGCUUCUUCCUUUGGACUAACUUGUGAUUCCAAGAACUUGUACUCUUUCCUUUCGUUAGGCUGUGAUGAGGAGUGCGUUUUGGCGACCCUAUAAACCAGAAACAUGUUUGAGCGUUGGUCAUUGGUUGAGUGUUUUCACGAGGUUCGGUGAUGAACAGCGGUGACGAGGCGUUGGCUCGGUUAGGCUUGGUUUUAAGAUGGCAAACUCUAAAACCUUUAGAAAACUUUCAAUGGCAUUCUUUUGAAAGUGAAAUAACACUUAUAACAAUGUUGAUAAAAUUUCAAGAACAUGAAUUUCAAAGAGAUGUACCUAUGUCAUAAAACUGUUUCUAGUUAUGGCCGGUUUUUGUGUAGCUCAGUCUGUAAACUUUACGUUAGAAACUUGUUUCCAGUCAUGGUCCUCAAAACACACCCUAGAAGUAAAGACUACUGGCAGUUUUUUCAAAUGGAUUGUAGCACCUUGAAUCCAUGGGUACCAGCCUGAAGGAUAGGCUGCCUCACUCCGGACAUUAUUCAUCUGCAGCUGACAUCCAACGAUAGAGUCAAGCCGGCCUUUUGUGUCAACAAUACAUCCAAUGGAGUUGAAAAUGGUCUCAUAAGGCCUACAUGUAGUUUGUGGUCACAUUGCAGCAAUAUCGAAAACGAUAACGAUCACAAUGCAAAGAGAACAAAUUCUAUUGGUUGAAAUGCUCCAGGCAGAAUACACCCACGC